AUGCGCAUCACCUUGCCCCAUCAUCUUCUGCUCGUCGCUGCAGCACCUGUUUUGGGUUAUUUCAGUGACGCACGAAAGCACUGCAAGGUAACGCCGCAAGAUGCAAACUGGCCAGCAGCAGAGAAAUGGAAUCAGCUCAACUCAACCAUCUCAGGUAGACUCAUCAAGCCAGUGACACCAGGGGCAGUAUGCCACGCGGAGCAGCCUUCGUACAGCACUGCGGGAUGUCUCGCAACGCAGUCCCAGUGGCGUGAUCCAUCGUUCCAUCUAGGUGAUCCUGUGUCGGUUGAUUGGGAUAACUGGGCCAACGACACAUGUGCCCCUGAUCCAGAGGUUGGUUGCAGCGAUGCCGGUUAUCCUGUUUAUGUUGUGAAUGCCACGGAGCCAGAGCAUGUGCAGGCCGGUGUUGAUUUUGCCAGGAAUCACAACAUCCGGCUAGUUGUCAAAAACAGCGGACACGACUACCUUGGCCGUUCCAACGCGCCUUUCUCUCUGUCGAUAUGGGUUCACCACAUGAAAAGCAUACAGAUCCAUGAGCAGGGCUCCUUCCAACCCAAGAACUGCCCCUCGGCUGAUCUCACAUCGGCUGAUCUCACACAUCUGAGGCAUGAUGUCAUUGUCACCUUCGGGGCCGGGAUCGAGAUGGCCGAGGCUUAUCACUUCACUGCCACCAUGAACAGGACCAUUGUAGGCGGCAACGGACCAACUGUUGCUCUGGGAGGUUUUAUCACGGGAGGCGGACACAGCAUCUUGAGCCCGAAGCAUGGUCUCGCCGUCGACCAGGUCUUGGAGAUGGAGAUGGUUGAUGCAAAUGGCAGGCUGCUGACGCUCAACGAAUGCGAGAAUGAGGAUCUUUUCUUUGCCGUUCGAGGAGGAGGCGGUUCGACGUUUGGCAUCUUGACCUCGAUAACGCUCCUCACCUUGGAAUCGCCGAUUGUUCUUGGUCUGGGAUUUUCAAUGAUUGCAAGCGCCGAGAGUCCUUACGGCUUGGACGCCAUGGUCUACUUCAUCACACAGAUCCCUGCUCUCGCCGCCGCUGGCAUCUCGGGCUAUCCUAUAAUGCACAAGGCCAAGCCCCUCGGAAAUUUGACGUAUACAGGUGUCGUCGGCGUCUUGAUCAUGAGGGACAGCAGCAACCCACAAGAUAUCCUAAAGUUCAUUCAGCCAAUUUUCGAACAUGUCAAUACCACCUGGCCGGGGCAGUUUGCUUUUACCUCCCAAGUCGUUUCACAUCCUAACUUUUACAGCUGGUAUCAGCAGAACUACGACAAAAGCGAGGCUGGAAGGUCGCUACUUGCUUCUUCGCAGCUGCUUGAUGGGAAAGCCUUGGAGCAAGACGAAACAGCAAUCAGGGCAGCUCUUGAGGCGGUGAUGGAUGGCGGAGAGGCGGGCUUCUAUUUGGUUUCGGGCAAUGGGGUUCGUGAAGCGGCGGCUGUCAGAAGAGGACGCACGGCGGUAAACCCAGCUUGGGCCGAGACCCUGGUGCACGCUGCUACUUCAGUCAGUUUUCCAUCUCACGAUGCAGAUGCUGCGGCAAAAGCCUCAGCGGAUGCAAAGCGGUUCUCUGCGGCACUUCGCAGUCUCCGUUUGAAUGGUGGGGGAGCGGCAUACGUCAACGAGGCUCAUCCCGACGAGGAUGAUUGGCAGCACGAGUUUUGGGGCAGCAACUAUGACAAGCUGAGGGAAAUCAAGAAGAAUAGAGAUCCCGAAACGGUUUUCUGGUGUCACCCAUGUGUAGGCAAUGAGGAAUGGGAGAUUCAGGACGGCAGGCUUUGCCGACUUGACUGAUGGUCCAUAGUGGAAUAUCUAAUGUUUGGAGCAGUGAG